CCGCGGAAGGGGAGGGGCUUCGCUCGGCAGCCGCCGCCGGCGCCCGAGAACAACAUUAGCGCCAGAUUAGCUGCCACUUCUUCUCUUCCUCCUCCUCCUCCAUAAACCCUUGCCUUGUAUCCCACCCGAGUUGCCUUUUGGGGGUGGAUUUUCCUCCAUAGAGAGCUACUGCAAAAACAAGGGUUGGGUGGGUGCAGAGAGAGAGAAGAAAGAAAAAGCGAACCGGUGGAAUAGAUCCAGCCAGAACCUCUCUCUUAUUACGCAGGUCACUCACACACGCAGAUGGGGAUGGUUGUGGGUUCGUUUGGCUAUUGUGCAAUGAUUGAGUUUUUUAAAAAUCCACCUUUUUUCCUUAGCGGAGGGGAUGGGGGUUAAGCAGCGUGGUUUGACGUCUCGCCCAGGGUUUGUUCCCUUGGCUUUGCAAAGGUAGUCUCUCCUCUGGAGGUUUUGAAACAGAGGCUGGAUGGCCAUCUGUCGGGAGGGCUUUGAAGGUAUAUUCCUGCCCGGACUGGAGGGCCCUUGCGGUCUCUUCCAACUCUUUGAUGUGAUUGUGGUUCCAGCUUAUAAGCCACUGCAGGAAGAUUUCUUCUGAGGAGGCUGAGGGCGGGGAGGGGGGGUUGCUUGCUUUUUGGUCUUGACGGUUUACUCCAAUGGCUCAAACCAGCCCAAACCAGUCUCUUCCCGGAGCCUGGGCUUGAGCUUUGCCCGCCGGAGGGAGGCUCCUCCUAAGCAAGGCUGGGAGGGACAGGAAAGGGAAGAGCGAGGAGGGGGAGGAGGAGAGGCGAGCCUUGCCAUGAGCAGCGCCUUGGUGAGGUUUUGGGGAGCUCCUCGGCGGCAGCUCCUCGGCGCUGCUUGCCGCCUGAUCCACCCUCCUUCGCCCGGCGCCAGGCGCAUCGUGGACAUGUCCUACUCGCGGCAGUUUCUGGAUUUCCAGGGCUCCAACAUCCCCGCUUCCAUGAAGAAGGUGGUGGUCACCAAGCUGAGCUCCGACUUCCGAGAAGCCGCCACCCUCCACCGCGACGUCCCAGUGCCUCUCCCUGGAGACGGAGACCUCCUGGUCCGAAACAGAUUUGUGGGCAUUAAUGCAUCUGAUAUUAACUUCUCAGCUGGCCGAUAUAUAGCCGAAGUUAAGCCCCCAUUUGAUGCAGGCUUUGAAGGAAUUGGUGAAGUGGUUGCCCUGGGUCUAAGUGCAAGCUCUAGAUUCUCAGUGGGCCAACCAGUGGCUUACAUAAAAUAUGGUGCCUUUGCUGAAUAUAUCGUUGUGCCUGCUAAAGAAGCCAUCCCAGUGCCUUCUGUGAAGCCUGAGUUUCUCACCCUUCUGGUAAGUGGAACUACAGCUUAUAUCGGUCUGAAGGAGCUUGGAGAGCUGUCUGAAGGGAAGAAAGUUCUGGUGACAGCAGCAGCUGGAGGAACGGGUCAGUUUGCUGUGCAAGUUGCAAAGAAGGCAAAAUGCCAUGUAAUAGGAACUUGCUCCAGUGAUGAAAAAUCAGGCUAUUUGAAAUCCAUUGGCUGUGACCAUCCUAUCAACUAUAAAACUGAAAAUGUUGCUGCUGUUCUUAAGAAGAACUACCCGGAUGGUGUGGACGUAGUGUAUGAAUCUGUUGGUGGGAAGAUGUUUGACUUGGCUGUCAAUGCCUUGGCAAUCAAAGGGUGUGUGAUAAUUAUUGGGUUUAUUUCUGGCUACCAAAGCCGUACUGGCCUUCCGUCUAGUCCGGCAGAGAACCUGCCAGCAAAACUGCUCUUUAAAUCUGCCAGCGUCCAUGGGUUCUUCUUAAAUCAUUACCUCUCUGAAUACAAAAUGGCAAUGAAACACUUGCUCACAAUGUAUGAAAAUGGAGAGCUGGUUUGUGAGGUAGACUUAGGAGACAUGUCUCCAGAGGGCAGGUUCUCCGGUUUAGAGUCAGUCUUCCGUGCUAUAGAUUAUAUGUAUCAGGGAAAAAAUGUUGGGAAAAUUGUAGUAGAAUUACCUCACACUGUCAACAGUAAGCUGUGAAAACAGAACAGUGAUAUAAAUCAAAAGAGGAAAAAUGGGCUCGUUAUGCUUCUCGAAAAUUAAAACAGUUUAAUUUCUUUAAAGUUGGCAGCAUAUUAAAAUAGCAUUUAUGCACUAAUAAAAUUGUUUCCUUUCCAAGAUAUUGUAUUUUUUAUAAAUGUAAUUUCUGAUUGAUACUCCUUUAAGCAGCAACACUGUAUUUUUAUCUGGAACUUUUGAAUGAAUUUAUGAUUAAGCUUAAACUGAAUCUGAAUGUAAUUCGAAUAAUAAAAACUGAUUUUAUACA